ACACCCACCCCCGCCCGCGGCCGCCGCGCCGCCCCGCCGUAGCCGCCGGCCGCCGGCGUCCCCGCGGGCCGGUCCAGCGAAGGCGGCGCCCGCGCCUCUGCAGCCAGUGGCAGCUGCAAGCCCGGGGAGGCGGCUCCCGCAGCCCCCCGCAGGCCCGCGCCCGGGGCGCCUGCGACCACUGCGGCCGCCCGGGGGAGGAAGAGGAGGAGGAGGUGACAAACUCUCCGGCUCCGCGCCGCGGCUGGCAGCCCGCGGUCAGGCAUGCAGGCGCGGCGUCUAGCCAAGCGCUCCAGCCUGGGCAGCCGCCGGGGGGGCGCCGCGUUGCAGGCGCCCGGAGCCGCGCCUGCCAGGGAAGGCACCUUGCCCGGCCUCCCACCCCUCGGCCCGGGCCCGGCCCCGGCCCCGGCCCCGGAGAGCUGGAGGCCGCCGCUGCCGCCGCCGCCGCGCAGCGCCGGGACCGGCCCCCCUCGGGCCGCCGGGGCCGCCGGGGCCGCCGCCGCCUCGUCGCCCGUGCUGCUGCUUCUGGGGGAGGAAGACGAGGACGAGGAAGGCGGGAGCAGGCGGCGGAGGGGGCUCGGGCGGGUGGAGGAGAAGCCCCGAGGGGGCGCGGAGGAGGAGGAUGACGACGAGGAGGACGAGGACGAGGAGGUGGUCGUCGAGGUGGUGGACGGCGACGACGACGAGGAGGACAGCGAGGAGCGCUUCAUGCCCCUCGGCCCCGGCCGUGCGGUCCCCAAGGGCCCGGCCCGGGGCGCGUUGAAGGUGGGGAGCAUUAAGCGGGAAAUGACCUUCACAUUUCAACCAGAGGACUUAAAACGUGACUCUAGUAAAAAAAUGUCUCAUCAACACUUGUUUCCCUUGGCCAUGGAGGAAGAUGUGAAAACAGCAGACACCAAAAAAGCCAACCGAGCCCUUGACCAUGAAAAAGAAAACACUCGCUCCAUCUGUCUCCUUGAGCAAAAACGGAAAGUUGUUUCUUCCAAUAUUGAUGUUCCUCCAGCAAGGAAAUCUUCAGAGGAACUGGACAUGGACAAGGUAACAGCGGCAAUGGUACUAACCAGCUUGUCCACCAGCCCUUUGGUUCGAAGCCCACCCGUGCGGCCGAAUGAGGGCCUCAGCGGAUCCUGGAAGGAGGGAGGAGGCGUGCCUUCCAGCAGCAGCAGCAGCGGCUACUGGAGCUGGAGCGCCCCCAGCGACCAGUCCAACCCGUCCACGCCGUCGCCGCCGCUGCCCGCCGACAGCUUCAAGCCCUUCCGCAGCCCCGCGCCGCCGCCGCCGCCGCCGCCGCCCGACGACGGCAUCGACGAGGCGGAGGCCAGCAACCUGCUCUUCGACGAGCCCAUCCCCAGGAAAAGAAAGAAUUCUAUGAAGGUGAUGUUCAAAUGCCUGUGGAAGAACUGCGGGAAGGUGCUGAGCACUGCGGCGGGGAUCCAGAAACACAUACGGACCAUCCAUCUUGGGCGUGUUGGGGACUCCGACUACAGUGAUGGAGAAGAGGACUUUUACUACACUGAGAUCAAGCUCAACACAGACUCAGUGGCAGAUGGACUGAGCAGCCUGGCCCCAGUGUCACCGUCUCAGUCCCUGGCUUCGCCUCCCACUUUCCCCAUCCCAGAUUCAAGCCGAACAGAGACUCCUUGUGCCAAAACUGAGACUAAACUGAUGACACCCUUGAGCCGCUCAGCUCCCACCACCCUCUACCUCGUGCACACCGACCAUGCUUACCAGGCCACGCCCCCCGUGACCAUUCCAGGAUCGGCCAAGUUCACCCCCAACGGUAGCAGCUUCAGCAUUUCUUGGCAGUCUCCUCCGGUUACCUUCACGGGCAUUCCAGUGUCACCAACACAUAAUCAUCCGGUGGGCACAGGAGAGCAGAGACAGCACACUCACACGGUCUUGUCCUCGCCACCCAGAGGGACGGUCAGCCUGAGGAAGCCCCGGGGAGAGGGCAAGAAGUGCCGCAAGGUGUAUGGCAUGGAGAACCGGGACCUGUGGUGCACGGCGUGCCGCUGGAAGAAGGCAUGCCAGAGGUUCACUGACUGACCCCUGGGGCCCCCGAGCCCCGCUGCCCUCGCCUUCCACUGCAGGCUCUGGAAAAGCGCUUUUUCUCCCGAACAAAAACACACUUGAAGCCCAGGAAAAGCACUUCCAGGAAACUUGGUGGAAUGACAGCAAAAAAAAAUAAAUAAAUAAAUAAGGUCACCACCCUCACUGCUCUUGCUGAGAACCCAGCGUCGGGCAGCUCUAUUUUUUUUUUUCCUUGAAAAGAAAAGUCAGCCUUUUUUUUUUUUUCCUGUAUGUCUAGGUCUGAAAACUGUGGACUUCCGUAGCAACUGAACCAACAAAGCCCGUUUUACCUAGAGAGGAGGCAUAUUUUGAUAAGCUUUCCAAAUAAUGCCAUUUCUGAGAUUUUUUUGCCAUAUUAAAAAAAAAGCUACACGUUAUUCAGUAGCGUUUGUACAGAGGACAGUACCUGCUUUCAUUGUGAAUAGUAUUUUCCCUGUUUUCCAUUUGACUUCUUGGAGCAGUGCACAUCAUGACGUGUUGCUAGAAAGCGCAGCACUCUGGGGAUCUCUUCUCUGUCUCGUUUGUCGGUUUCUCGCGUUUUGAAGAAUGGCCCCGCACGGAACCGCCACAGAGCUGUUGGCCUGAAGGGCCCCGGAGGGCGUCCACUCACAAAGAGAUCACCAGCAGACUUCAGCCCCCAGCUGAGUCCAGGACAUCCGGGAACACCUAGGAGUCUCCGCUGGCUCGUUCUCUACCAGCCGCGGCUCCAUCAAAGACUGGCAUGGGUGGCCAUCUGGGUAAGCCUCGAUGCUUCUUUCAGGGACGCAGGGCAGACAGCGGCCCGGGUCUGUUGGUCACUGCUUGUCUGACAGUGUCCUUGCCAGGUUAGCGGGUCAUCGGGCCUUCCCUCAAAACUCCACCCCGGACCGGUUUCAGAAAAGGUAGAGAACUCGAACUAUCCCCACAGGACAGCAGAGCACAGCCUCCACGUCCCCAUCUGUUCAGAGGGACAUGUGAGGUCAACAAACCAACAUCUAUUCUGAGUGCACUUUCAUAGGUUGUAUGCUUUAGCAUGUCCGGGAGAGGGGUUCGUGAAAUAUAGAAACAUGAUAUGGGUACAUGGGAGGUCCCAAACUUUAUUUUUCUUAUAAAAAUAUUGGAACUGUUCAUUAAGAAUUUGCUCAGAGGGGAACAUAUAGAACACCAAAAGGAAAAUGCAUGUUGGUAUAGGAAUCUCUCCACUUAGUAGGACCAGGGCUCCCACUGCAUUGCUCUUGGCAGGCUUUCUAGCCUGGUAUAUAUGUUUGUUUGGUUGGUUGUUUGUUUUGUUAGUAGUGCAAAGGGGGAGGGGAGUAGUCGUCAUGCUCUCUAUAUAAGCUCAUCGUCUAUCUAUCCUACUCUGGAUUGCCCUGCUAAUGAGUUAUUUUUCCUAUACCUAUGCAAAGAAGUAAGAGCACCUUUCAGGAUGCACUGUCAGGACUGGGAGCCUACGAUCAGCCAUAGGAAUGUUCAAUGAAAUUGCACAGAGCAAAGUUUAAUAUAUGUUUAGAGAUUGUACAUACACUUGUUUUAAAGAGUUGAAAGAAGUCAUCUAGUAAUAACAAAUAUCCUUUUCCUUUUAUAAUCGAGGGAAAUAGAAGGAGGUUCCACAGUGUAAUAUCCACAACCUAUGCGUUCAUAUAUUUUUGGCAGUUUUAUUUUUUAAGCUUUCAUAUGACUUUUUAAACAUUGUUCCUUGGAAAAAAUCCUGUUUUCCUCCAUUUAUUUUUAUUUCAACAACACUUAUUUCAAGAGGGAAGGAAAAGAGCUUCAUUUAAUUUCAUGCCAUGAUUACCAAUCACUAGUAGCUAUGGCACCAGCUAUAAUGUGUUUUAGUAUUUACAAGGUCAGCCAGGAAAGGGCAUUUUUCUAAGGAUAGAAAUGUAUUUGCAUCCUCAAUCCCAGCAUGUCUUUUCUCCUUCCUGGAGUCCUGAUGCUCUACCUAUAGGCACCCUCGACUGUGACAUGAUGCUCUGGCCUGGCCCAGGAGGCCUGAGCUGAGGGUAGACUGCCCAGCAGCUACAGUGAGUCCAGAGCUGAUGAACCCUUUGAGCAGGUUCCCUGUGGACAGAAGUGAUGGUUGGUUGGGAUGCACUCCCAGAGCAGAGGUUUUUCUCUUCGGUGAGGCUCCCUGGCCUGUGAUCCUGGGAUUAAGUCCCUCAUCAAAAACAAAAUGAGGAGGGGCUAAAUCCAUCCUCCCCACCCCCUAGAACUCUGGAACACAAGGAGGGAGAGGUUUCUGCUGUGGAGCAGUCCUGGACUGAGGUUUUGUGGCUGUCCUCCAGAGAUGCAGCCCAUGAUUAGUUCCGAGCUCUGGCCUGGAGGGGUCAAGCUCAGUCCUUACCUGGUCUUUAGCUAAUGAACAGGUAUAAGCAGAAGUGUAGAGCUGAAGGCAACUUCCCUGGGAUUUCUUCUCCUUUCUAAAGCCUUCUCUACACAUACUUUUCUGCAUCUCCUACCCACAUGGGGACUCCUUUCUGCCAACCAGCCCAAUCUCUGUGUACCUUCUUGGCUUCCAGGUGUGCACAGACCCUCAGUAGCUUCCUGCACACACAGACAUCCAUUCUUUGUAUCAAGGCAUGUCAUAACUAGAGACCCACCAAAAUUCACCUGGCUGGCCUUGGGAGGGAAAGAAAGGGGGGGGGGGAUUAACUUCUUGCAAGCCACCCAGAAAGUGAUGAAUUGCAAUAUACAGCACUGAUUGUAAAAGCUAAAAUUUAAAAAAAAAAAAAGACAUAGAGCUAUUUUGUUAUAUUUUGGAAUUAAAUGAAGUGCCAAAUUAAGCCCAACAUUCGUUUUCUGCCAUCUCUGUGGUCCCACAUGCUUUUAUGUCUUCAUUUGGCGAGCGGAGACAGGGGAUGGGUGGAAAGGGCAGUCCCACAGCAUGCUGGCUGGUUAACGGGAGCUCCGUCCAUCCCAGGGACCUCAGACACCUGUCUGUGCAAAAGCAAUGGCAAUACAAUGGAUUCUGGACCCAGAGUAUUUCUAAAGAAGGCAUGCUAUAGUCUUCUGACCUUUCUCUCCCUUGAUCCCCCCUUCCUUCACAAAAUAGUUCUCAUCUCUGUCUAAAAAAGGCAUCUCAUAGUAAUGGACAGGCAUUCUUCAGGUAGCUACAAAGCAAAGAGAGUUCAUCAGGCUGUAGUAUUAAGGCUUAGUCCUUCCCAGAGGAUGUGCACCCAAUUUAUGGGAAGCAGUGUGACAAGCUGGAGAAAACACCGGGUAGCAAGUGGGUGGGUUGGGGACCAGAGAGGAGAUAUGAGAGGUCUAUGGACAUCUGGCUCCUGCUCAUCUCCUUAAUGCUGGUCAGCCAAUGGGGAUUGUCCCUGGGCACCUCCAAGGGAGCUGUCAUGUUGUCCCCCAGGAAUUGCUUGCCGGAGCAAGAAGAGGCUCCCUUAGGGGAAGCAGCUCUGCCCAGGGAUACAGGACCGCCAAGCACAUCUCAAGGGGGCACGGACUUCCCACCCCCUCGCUGGCUGGCAGGUUUCCUCAUUGGUUGGGAAAAGCCAGCGUCAGGAAGAAGGCAGUGGGUUUCCACCCAAUGCAUGCUCAGCGGCGGAGUGCCUGCAAGCAGAUCCAAGCACCAGGGUGCCCUUCACUAGACGAUUCCUUGUCCAGUCGUAACUGUGUUGCCGAUGAAAACUUGCAAUAGACAAGGAUGGGGGUUACAGUUCUCCGGCUUUCCAAAAUCGUUACCUGAGAUAGUUACAUGAAUGUUGCAAGAGAUUUCUGAAACUAAAAUGCCCUCUAUCAGAUUUCAAGAUCAUUUGAGUUUCAGUUGGCUUGACUCCAGUGUCCCACGAAGCCACACUUUGAAAGCCGCCCUGGGUUCUAAAGUCGCCGACGGUUGAACCCAUUUCCUCCUUCUUCAGACUUCAUUGGAAAACGAAAGAACAGCAUUCACUUGAGAAUGUUGAGAGAGAAGUGGCAAGGAUUGUACCUACAGGAGAGAAUACCUUGAGAAUAGUAGCAAAACACUGUAAAUAAUAUUCAUUUCCUCAGGGAAAAUUAAAGGGUAUGUGAAAGAUAGAGCUGGAAGAUCCUUAGAAAGACUUUUAUUAUCUCUAGAGUCUUUUCGAGUCAGAACAGUUUAGUGUUUUGGGGUUUUUGUUUUUGUUUUUGUUUUUAACGAACAGGAUAAUUAUUUCAAGACAAAUUUACAUGAACUGGACCAUAUCAACUUUUUGAGGUGUGGAGGAAAGCUCUAUGAGAAAGAGCUGUUUCUUUGUAGCUGAGGCUGACCUUUGAACCACAGGCACGCUCCCUGGCGGGUGUUCACAGACUCGUGUAAGGCUUUUUCUGAAUGUAAUUGUGAAUACGAAGCCUUGGUGUUCCUCUUUCUAAUCACCCAGUUGGAUGACUGCACGCAGAACCCCGUAGGUGAGAGCUGUUAAAGACGCACGUUUUGCUUUAGUAGCAUGUUAAGGAGCAAACUUCCACGGACUUGUGCGGACAAGGUGCUGCUUUUUCUCAUGACCCUGUAGACUUUCUAUCGACCACAUCAACUGUAGCAUUGACCUGUAUGAACACAGGGAAGGAUCUGUGCAUACAAAUGAGUGGAAACAGAGCAGAGUUCAUGAAUAUGGAUGAGGAUGUGACUCCUUUUGGAGAAGGCGCUGGGUACACGGGUCAACUGGAAAUUUCAUUUCUCUCAGAAAAUACCCCGACCGGCGGCACACACACUCUCCCUGUUCCUCAUACCUGUGGGGAUUCCUCCAUACUGGAACUGUCCCGUUGUGUCUUUUUGCAUUGUAACUCGUCAAACCAGAAGUCAGUAAAUAAAAUGAGAUUAGCACUUUUAGGUACCAAGUGUAUGACUAAGUAAUGCACACCAACAGAACAAGAAAGUAUAAAAUGGACUUAAGACCGACCGGUUUGCUUAUUGUGACUGACUUUGAAAAAGCCCGUAUCCAAUGAUAUCCAUGCUUUAAAAGGUGUACCUAUCCUGGGACCGGAAAUCAAAAUGGGCAUUUUACUUCUGGUCCUGUUUUGUAAAUAGUUGCUUUUUUUUUAAGACAAUCUCAUGUUUUAUAACUUUUCCUGUAGGUCUGAGAAUCACAAUGGUAUUGUGUUGUGUCAAAAUGUAAUCUUAAAUACGAUAAUUAUAACUUAAUUUUCCAAAUAAGACAAGAAUUAUACCGCUUUAGGCUUCUACGAUUCUAAGGGACAUGACACUUUUAUAAUAAGCAUUAGUACUUAACUUCUCACGUUAACAGAACUGGAAAUAUUUUACAAGAUGCCGUGUUUUGUAAUCACAAAAAACAUGAACAUUUUGUGGGAAAUGACCUUGGUUUUAUACAUUGUAGCUUAUUUUUUAAAAUACAGUAUUUACCAGACAGGAAGUGUUAGUAUUAUAAAGCAAUUCCUGCUCUCCAAACAAAGGGCUAUGCCUCUUUUAAGCAAGUGUUUUGAUGCAUAUCUUUUCAAUGAACCCUCUGCAGCAAGGGUAGAAAUGCAGAUCAGACGGAAAGAGUAUUAUAAGAGACUCAAGCUGGCAACAGCUACUCCUUUUAUCAUUGCCAGUGUGUUUGCGAAGUAUGACGGAAAAAGACACUUUAAGAAUCAUCCUACGUAUCUUAAAUCGGAAAAAAAAUGUUAGUAGAUAUGCUUGCAGGCAAUGGGAGAAAUAUUCUUGGAAAUUCUUUAGAGUAAAAUGAGAUUCUGUCACAAAGACAAACUUACCACAAACCUUCAUUUAACUAGCAAGUAUCAUCGGGUGGUAGUUUCGCAAACCAUGGUAUGUAAGCCCAAAGAUAGAAUUUUUAGGCGAUCAGUGGUGUUUAAAAUAAGUUUUUCCUCAGCACUAACUCAAUAACCUUAAUUUCCUUAUCAAAGCAAGUGCUUGAUUUGUCACGAGAAGAACGAACAGACAUGCAGGUUGCGAUCAGAAAGUCACUGUGUUCCCAAGAGUCGGGAAACAAGGGAGGGAGCCAUAGAAAGUUUAUUAACUGCACAAAUAAUUUUGAGCUUUGCCAAAACCAUUUCAUAAUGCUGUACAGUUUUUUUCUAGCCCACUCACUGUUAAAAAAAAAAAAGAAAGAAAGAAAGCAUCUUUUCUUUCUAAGAUUUCAGUAACUCAAAAGCUAGACUAAUUAGCAGUAUGCAGAUAACAUCAAAAGUAAAGCUGGGAUAGAAUGACCGUAUACCCAUUGGGCAGCUCCUAUGAAGUGGUCAGAGGGUCACCCAGACCUUGCUUUCAAAUAGGCUUUAGAAUCUGCACACAUGAGGACUAGAAAUGCAUGGAGAUAGGGAAAACCACGUACAGCCUCGACUCCUGGUCUCUGAGAUGAGGCAGUCUGCAAAUCUCUAUCUUCAUUCCCUUGACUAUCUCCACUGUUAGCAUGAAAUCCCCAAGAAGUGCUUAUUGCUGUAUGGUUUUGAACCAAAUGAGUCUUGCUUCUUUUUGAAAUAGAAGCUUCCUAAUGGUUUAUAGCAGAAGCCUUAGAAAAGCCAGGCAGGAUCUGUAAAUGAACGAUUCAGGUCAGGCAAAACAGGGACACUACGGAAGAGUGGAGAGACUUGUCAACCAGAGAGCGCAUGCCCCCAUUGCCUGGGGCACCCAGCUCUAGACAAUCAGAACCAUGCAGAAAUCAGGCCCAGGGCUACUAGAUCUUCUGACUUGGAAGUAAGAUGUUACCUGACAUUUAAGUGUUGACAACUCAAAUUCUUGGCCAACACUGUGCAGACCAAAGAGAACCUAUAUAUGGGCAGAGGCAACCUCUGGCCACCAGUCUCACCUGUUGGGGAAAGCACAUCUCACAUCCAACGGCCACUGGGUCAGGUUCGUCCCUCAGCCCCACAAACUCACACAUUGGCACUAUCUGGGCCACUAAAAUCAAAGAAGGGAAAGAGGUCAGUUCUCCCCAGAAAUCAUUCUCAUGGAAGACUUGAAUAUUAAAAUAUAGUAUCCUUAAGUUAGCCUUGCCUCUGAUCAAAAUAUGCUAAAGUACUAUCCGGCUCACCUUCUGCCCCCUUCUGGCGGCCCAGGCCAUGCCCCAAAGCAUGGAAGAACUGUCAUCCCAACUUAAGUUCUCACCUACCGUGACCACUGUGAUGAGGGGCUGGCAAAGAGCAGGCUCGUGCCUUCAGAGAAGGCAGCCAGGAGCCCCUGGAGUCUGAAAUAGUCUGAGAGUCUGCUUCCUUGUCCCAAAGCCCUUCGCCAGUCCCUCCACACUGCUUCCCACUCCAUCCUGCCUCGAGAGUUUUCAUUCCAGGGUAAAAUCUCCAUCUCCAAUAUAGCAACAGCCUUGUUUCAGAACUAGUAGGUAUGUUAGAGUGUCCACUAACCCCCAGAAUGGAGUUUUUCCACACAGAAAACCUUAGCACCUUUGUCUGCAGGCAAAGACAAAAUGGGAAUAAAUGUGUCAUGGAAAAAAUUAGAAGUUGCUUCUUUGGCUCGGAUGGCCUAAGUUACUUCAGACUGUAUCUUACACCAGAGUCCUGAUGGUAUUGGGAUAAUCGCUAACCCUUUCACAUAUAUAAUAAAGUAGGUUUCUUUCAGAUACAUUAUUUCAUUUGACCUUCCUAGGGAUCCAGUGUAGAGUAGGAAUAUUUAGGAUCCCCUCCGAGGCCACACCACGAUAGUGUUAAGCCUGGGAGUCAGGCCUAUCACUGCCUGAAGGAAAGAGGGGAAGGGCUUGCAGACUGAAGUCUUCUAGACUCCAAAUCUAAAAAGACCCAGGGACCCACCUGGGUCUCAACCCACCCUCUCAGCCCAGGUCCUUCAGCAUAGAAACUAAGCACGUGUUCAUUCCCGUUGUCGCAUGCAAACUUAAUCAUGGCCAACAGCACCCCUUUAGGCUGCUGCCGUGCCCCUACUCCCUAAGGUCCAACCAUCUGAACGGUUACUUAUAGGAGUUUCUUAGCUAACGUGAUGUUCUGAGUAAAAGUUUUGACUCCUUGGGAAAAAAAUGAUUUUGCUGCUACCGUUCAACAUUUGUUCUCCAUGUAAACGGAAAUCGAUGCCAGAAAAUUGAAAAGCAGCUCAAAUUUACAAUUUUUAAUGAUCAAAUCCAAUGCAAAGUUGGAAACACCCAUGAGAUGCUGAAGUCACGUUUAAAUACGAAUGCAAUUUAAAUGACAUUGUCAAUGCCUGAGAUCUCUGUCAGGGUGAGUGACUAAAAGGCUGUCCAAAAAAAAAUAAAAGGUUGUCCAAUAAUGAACAGGUUUCACGAGGCCCUUCUCCCUUUACUUUACCAGGCUUCCCAUCGCGAGUUUAGGGUAAAGUCACUCCCAAGGAGUGUAGUCAUGGAACUAGAAGGGGCCUAAGCCAUUUUGGCCUGCAUGUACUUCAUUAACAGGCUUUUUUGACAAAUGAUGCGUUGUUAUCUGUGGAGAAUACAGUGCAGGAGUUGGACACAGCUGAGCUCUCCUCCUCUGCAGGUGAAGAAGCCUGUUUUGCAGGGGUGAGCACCAAGGCCCCCACAGUGGCGGGGCUUCGUGAAUAAGCAGGAAGCUGAGGUUCCUAAAGAAGAUGACCGUAGAUUCUGAGCGAAGGCGGAGAUUGUGAGUUCAAUGCUCAAACUGUCAUCCUUGUUUCUAAAAAAUGUUCUUUCAUAUUGGGCGCCGUCCACGUCAUUAUAAAUGGCCAGCUUCUAAAGAAAAGGGCCCCUUUAUUUAUACUAUGAAAAUGUUAAAAAACGAAUUCUUGAGCCUGAUUAACUGUUACAUUUGCUCACGAGGGGCAAUUCCCUAAAUUUUUAAUUCAGAAGAUUCACCAGAGUAGAAAGUAGCAACUCCCGAAAAGGGCAAGAGAGCUGUCAUUAAAGAAGAAAAUUUUCUUUAAAAAAAAAAUUGCUCAUCUGCUUCCUUCUGAAUUCUUUCUACAUCUCUGACUCAGGAGGAAAACCAGGACUCUGGAGAAGAAAUUGAGCUUAGAGAGAGAGAGAGAGAGAGAGAGAGAGAGAGAGAGAGAGAACAGUCCCCGUUCUGGUGAUUAGUCUUAACCAAACACUCCCCCGCCCCCCUCCCCGAGCGCCAUCUUGGCAACCACCUUGUGUUCACUUAUGUAACCUUACUGAGGCCACACUGUUGUUAGUUAUGUUCCCUUCCCCAAAUUCCAAAUUAAACACUUUUGCUUCUGUGCUGCUGACUUCUUUCUCACUCUUAAAUUAAGCUCCAAGGGGAUAAAUAUGACUGUGACUUGUAUGUGAGGCUCAGUCUGUGAGGCUGCCCUCUUCUUUCCGAGAAAAAUUUCCAUCUCUCUGAACAGUUUUGGGUGAUCAUUCAGAGAGCAUACAACCUACAACACUCAUCACAAAAGACUCAAACAGACUCGCUGAUAAAGAAAGACAAGGCAGAUAUCCAAUCCUUUCACCUGGAUUCAAAUCCCUUCACGCAAGUCACCUACCCACCAGGCCCGUCCAUGCGGAAGGCCAACUGUGUGAUCAGACUACCAUGGAAGGACAGAAGAAGAGAGCUUCACAUUUUAAUUUCUCUGGGCCCUGACCUCUGCCCACAAUUAUACGGCAUGAAAAUUGACUUGGCCUUUAUUAUGUGAAAGGAAAGUGGCUCCUGCAAGGUAUAAUUGCUUUAACUUUAUAUCUAUGCAAGGAGGAAACCACUCCAGUCUGCUCUCACCAUUAAGCACCUGUCCCUCACCCUGGUGGCGCCCUCUUCCCAUGCUUUGGGCACACACGGCCAAGACAGAGAGGAAAAAGGUAGAGCUUUGGGGGCCAGCAAUGCCAGAGUUGGAAUUACCCCUCAGGGAUCUACAGUGUAGUGUAAUUACAAACUGCUUCCUCUCCAAAAAAAAAGGAUGCAUCACUUUGCAGAUUACAAACCCUUGCUUUGCUUUUUAUGUCUUUUUAUUCUAUUCUCUGCUAAUUGGAAAUCAAUGACUGUGACUUGACCAAGCCCUGUGAUGAUAGCAAAGCCCCUUCUUCCAAAGUAUCCCGACUGUCUGGGGAACCUCUGUGAUCACUGGUAGAAAGCUUUAGAAUAGACUUAGAUUUUUAGGAAAGAACUCAAUACCCCCAAAAUGUUCCAUGACUUCAAUAACUGAAAACGCUCUGGGUGUAAAACAACCCAGAAAUGUGGAUUAUAUAUGUUUUUAAAAAAAAAAUGCCAUUAAUCAAUAUUUUCCUACAACAUGACCUAGAAUUCCUAUUUUUAUAAUCAAUGGUUGGACGAUGGUCAGCCAUUUAAACAUAUGCUCUCUGGAAUAACCAGAUACUAGUGUAGUUUCCAAAGUGUUUCAUGUCUCAAAAUCUAUAUACUUAGAAGAAGAACUCAGGAUAAGAAAAAAUCGCUAGGUCCCAAAGGGUUCAUGACCAUCAUCAAAUGCAACUACCGAGUGGCCUACGGUCAUCUUUCUCAAAUAAGGGGGCUGGGGAGCGAGAGAACAACAGUUACCACAAACCCUCCGUUGCCCUUAGUCCAUGGUAAGGUUUAAAAAAACAAAACAAAACAAAACUCUACUUUUAAAAAUUAAGCCAUCUUUCAAAUUGUUUUCUACACCAAAUCUAAAAUGUUAAAACGAAAUUAUAAAACAUUUCAAAUGGGGUAUUUAGGAAAUACUGUCAGUAGAAAGCAUUGCUUUUCAGUGCCUGCUGAACGAGGUAAAGCCAGAAGGAAGAGCGAGCCGCGGGCCUUCCUGCGUGAUGUUAAUGACAGCGUUAACUAGACAGCGGCCUCAUCUGGGCCGUGGGCACUAAUUCCAGAGCAAUGUGGCGACACUAUCCGAUUUUGAGAGAUCUUUUGAACUACAAUCUUACUACCAUUUGGAAGUAAGUACUUGCUUACAAAAGGUCUUUAAUAUUAGUGAAUGAAUGUAUAAAGUUACAAACUAUGCAUUUUCAAAGAGUAACUGUAUUUUGUAUCAAAUCCAAGUAAAUUUUUUUCAUAGACUUAUCACAAACACAAAUUAUUCAGAAUAAACUUGAAUGCAUAACAUUAUGGGAAUGUGGGACUCCCAUCUAUAUUCUUCCAGCUGAUAUUUUUAAAGACAGUGCAUUGAAAUUUCAGACUCUAAACAACAUCAGCUAUUAAGGUAAAUAAAUAGGAAAUGGUUUCUAGUUUACUUCUUAAGCAGAAAUGAGAAAUGCUGGUUGUUACAAAACGUGCCCGGUUUUUUUGAAGGUGGAUCUUCUAGUAACGCUGGCUUAACAGGAAGACAAACCUGCAUGAGGUGAAUGCACAUCACAUUGGAUAAAUAUAGCAUUAAUAGGUUAUGUCUGUUGUGUUUAAUUCUCAAUCUGAGAACAAAAACUACUCUCCGAAGGGUUUGGGUUCUAGCAUUUCAGAGAACAAAAUAUAAAAAUGCUGUCCAUCAGAGCAAAUCAUUAGGCUUUUUUCAAAAUUACAUGGAGAUAAUUACUUACAUUUCUGGAACGUCCGUACAGAAUAUACACACGUUUCUUCAGCCUUCUUGCUGAUUUUUUAAUUCCAUGAAACCUUUCCCCUAAUAAUUUAACCUUGCUCCUUAAUUAGUACUUUCCUACGUUACUCCGCAUGAAAAAAACAAAAACAAAAACAUUCUUUCCCUUCAUCUGACAAUGUUGAAAUAAAGAACUCCAUUUCUCUGCCAUUCUAGUUCUCUUCUCUGUCUGUUGAGAAAGUUUCUCAACUGUUUGUAGAACUAUGGAAAAUAUGGAAAAACACACUUCUAAACCUGGUACUUAUGGUUAUACUGGAUAUGUUUGCUACCUAUGUAGAAGUUUUUGGGGGUGGGGAUGUGUCUUUUUAUAUGAUUUUUAGCCAAAUUCAGAUGUUCUGAUACUACAUUUCUGAAUACCUAUUUGACUGUAAAUACAGCCUGUGGAGGUUCCGGUUAAUACACCUUUGACGUGACUGUUCCUCAGCCAUGCCCAGUGCCAGCUUUCGGCACAUUGUACAUAGAUUUGUUGGAUGUUUAAAUGAUGUUGUUUUUUCUAAAUGCUGUUCUCUAAAACAACUUUUUGAAUGUUUUUUGCUUUCCAUUGUUUGGGACUUUGUGUGUUGGUUUAAAAAAAAAAAAAAAUGUUUCCUAAAUAUCUAACACCAGGAAAAAGAUUUCAAAUAAACUGGUGCUAACUGAAAUAGAAGAAAAAUUUCAGAUGUGAAGACUUAGCAUAUGAAACAUUCACACCAGUUAAACUAAACUGCACUUUCCCAAGGGGACAGCUGGUAUCGACCUGCCGUGGCCAUCAGGAGGACCACAGAAUGUGUGUAGUUUCUGUGGCCCAUUUAAGUGUAACGCAUAAAAAUGGCGCUGUCCCCCAGAUUUGAGGAUUUGCCACGCUGGUCCUAUGGAAGCAUUUAAGUAGAAGUAAAGGCUUAGAGUAAGAAUCAAUUUAGUAAUAGUCUUCUGGUCUUUGGACUUUCAUGUUCUGUAAUGCUUAGCUGUAACAAUGAAUAUGGUGUUGCCAAUGUAGUCUGACAUCAUCGUUGACCUGUACUUACCGCGUGUAUGGUUCUACCUUGGGUUGCACUGACACAUGCCAAGCCGGAACACUGGACUUUCAAUAAGACCAUCCUGACUUCUACAGUGUCCACACACAUGAAUUGAAAUGCACUUGUAACUGGUUAAUUACCAUGGAGUCUAACUUCCACUUAAUAAAAGUUUUUGUGUAUCUGCUUCUA